AUGGACUCUUGGAUCUGGAAAGUGCUUGCCCAGAGCCCUAGAAGUACCCCUCUGCCCACACCACACCUUACUGUUUUAAAUGCCUAUCUCAAGCCAAAGUUGCUAACGAGGUUGGAGAAACAGGAGAAAAGGAAGACAGUGGUGGCACUGAAGGAGCUGAGCCAGCAAAUCCAAGAAACUAAACGCCGUCGGGAAAGGCUGCUGAAGGACGCCAGGCAGCUGCUGGAAGAAAAACACCGUGUGCAGGCUGAAAACCAGCUUUUCAUGGACUACCUGCAUGAAAACAACGAGCAGUGUGAAAAGAAACGGGAGGCACUGUGGAAGCAAUGUGCUCAGGAGUGUGGCGAGAUAGAGCGGAGGAGACAAGAACUGGCGUCCAGACACACCCAGAGGAACGCGGCCCUUGGAGCACAGCUCCUGCAGGGCAGAAAGACCCGGGAGGACUUAAGGCAGCAGCUGCAGGCACUGAAGACCGUUUACAUGGUAAAGGAGAGGCAGGACAUGGAAAUACAGACCUUGGGGAAGGAGAAAGAGAAAAUCUGAGGUGAGACAGCGGCCAAGGACCAGGAGGCACACGUCCGGUUCCUUCGGGAAAAGGCCCUGAUGGAGAAGGAGCUGCAAGAGUUGGACUUGAUGGAGCUGGGACAGAUCAGCACUAAGGGGCUUACGAGGAAGUACAGGGCCUUGGCGCAGGCCUGCGAGCAAGCUCAUUUUGAGUUCUGUGACAGUCUCCACAGAGAGAACCAGCAGCUACGGAAGGAGCUCCAGCAACUGAGUCAGGAGUACCGUAAGGUGGAAGCUGUGAGAAUCCGGUUGGAGAAGCAGCAGCAGCUGGCGAAGGAGGAGCAGUGGUAUCUAGAAGCCUUGACCAGAGGGCGGCAGCGGCUGUAG